AUGGCGCAACGCCUGGAAGAAGAAACGGCCAAACAGCUGACCAUGGCAGCGGCGAUGGAGAAGAAUCGCCAGGAACAAGAAGAGUCGCGAGCGGAGUUGGACCUCGACGCGGUGUCCAAAGCGAUGACGUCGCUGAAGAUGGACACGAAGUUCCGAGACGCCGAGUCUCGGCAAGAGCCGAAGCAGUCAGUCAAGACACUGACGGCGGCGAUUCGACCGUCGCAGCUGAAAGCGACUGUCGAGCGAGAGUUAACGCGUGAGGUGAGUAAGGCGUUCACGUCCAACCUUCGCCAGUACGGCGAGAAGACACUGCGACAUGCGCAGUCGAAGAAACCCGACGGCGAAGACGACAGCAUCGGUCGGGCGAGCCAGGAGCUGUUUGACAAACUGCAUGUCGCUGCUGUGGCUGCACCGGACAAGAAGGACGAGACCAAGAGCAAGGCUAUUGGUGCGGCCGUAGAAGUCUACGAAGAUAUCUCUACGGUGUGCCCUCGCACGGUCUCGUUCGACAUCAACGGUGUCAAGGCGCUUGCCCUGUUGGACAGUUGCGCUGACCAGGCGGUCGUGUCACCGAAGUUUCUGUUGGGAUUAGAAGGCGCCGAUCAUCACAUGUUAGUCGUGCGGUGUUGCGUCUCCACCUGA